AUGCUGCUCUUCCGUCUUGGCGUAUUUCUGGCUGGAGUCUCUAGCAUCUUUGGCGCAGAAUGGAUCGUCCCUGGCGCCGUGUGGACCGACACGGAUGGGAAUAAGAUUGAUGCUCAUGGCGGCGGCGUUUUCAAGCAGGGCAACGCCUUCUACUGGAUUGGCUAUGCUGCUACAAAUCAGAAUCCCAUGCUAUACACCUCCACGGACCUUCUUAACUGGAAGAACCUCGGUGCGCAGUCCACUAUCACGGGGCUCUGGAGGCCUAAAAUUGCCACGCCGAACAACCAGUUCUGGAUCUUUGGUCAGCAAGAUCGCUACGUGAGGUCGCUUGUUUCCCCCACAUUGGUGGGACGUUACGUAACUUCGGCCAAAGUUCAUCUCCCUCCGAACGACUACACAUACUCGGACACAGGGAUGUACUACGAUGAAGACUCCUCAACAUGGUAUCUCUUAACCAGCGCCGACCAUAACACGGUUCAGAUUAACAAGAUCAACGCGGAUGGCACUGUUGGUCAAAGGGUUCUUGCAUUUUCGCAGGGACCGUACGAAGCUCCGGGUAUCUUUAAAGACAACGGUACUUACUACUUAAUUCUCUCUGGCAAGACGGGCUAUCGAUCAAACCCAAAUAAGGUCUUCUCCGCCUCCUCUCUUUCCGGACCUUGGUCCGGAGGCACGGAUAUUGCGCCGCCGAGGGAGAACACGUAUAACUCCCAGAACACGUUCGAACUCACUAUCCGAGGCAGCCAAAAAACCACGCAUAUCUACAUGGGAGAUGCGUGGGAUUCGAGAGGAGGAGCUAAUUCCAAUUAUGUCUGGCUGCCUAUACAAGUUGACUCCAGAACGAAGCGAGCCACCUUGGAAUAUCAUGCCAUGUGGAAAGUCGACGUCGAGACUGGCAUCGUCUCGUAUCCGACUCCAAGGAGACACUAUAAGGCGCAAGAUGCCUCAGUUCGAGAAGUUCCGGGCCUGACCUAUCCCGGGGAUAGAAGCACUAAGCGCUCCAUGCAGAAGGUCAGUUCCGACCUUGAAGCUGUAUUUUACAACGUCACGGGAACCGGCGCUCCGCAAUGGUUCUCCAUUCAAUACACAGUCAACGAUCCAGAAGCUGGCGAGGCACACAUUUUCGUCAAUAACGACCCAACGCCAACCAACAUCUCUGCCAUGAAUUGCCGUGCCGGCUACGCUGAACAUGUCCCUGUACGUCUUUUGUUGAAGCCUGGAGAUGUCAACACAAUCAGGGUCGGGGCCACUGGUAGUCCUGACUUUGAGAUAUUCCUUGAUGGGCUUGAGCUCUAUGAUGACUAG